AUGGAUAUCCGCAAACCCUUACGGCGAUUGUUGGAAGCUCGAUUGGAACAGGCCAGCCUUCUGAAGCGCGUCGUCGACGCCAUCAAGGAUCUUGUCCAGGACUGCAACUUCGAUUGCAAUGACUCCGGAAUCGCCCUUCAGGCCAUGGACAACUCGCACGUUGCCCUAGUUUCCAUGCUGCUCCGUGCCGAGGGCUUCUCCCCAUACCGCUGCGACCGUAACAUCGCCCUGGGCAUCAACCUGCUCUCCCUGACCAAGGUGCUCCGCGCCGCCCAGAAUGAGGACAUCCUGACCCUCAAGGCUGAGGACUCACCCGAUGCCGUCAACCUCAUGUUCGAGAGCGCAGAGACAGACCGACUCAGCGAGUACGAUAUCAAGCUCAUGGAUAUUGACCAGGAGCACCUGGCCAUCCCUGAGACUGAGUACGCCGCCACCGUGGAGAUGCCUUCCUCUGAGUUCCAGCGCAUCUGCAGAGAUCUCAACGCACUGUCCGAGUCUGUCGUAAUUGAGGCCAGCAAGGAGGGCGUCAAGUUCUCCUGCCAGGGUGAUAUCGGUAACGGAUCCGUCACCAUCCGCCAACACACCAACGUCGACAAGCCCGACCAGAACGUCGUCAUCAACCUCUCCGAACCCGUCGCCCUGACCUUCUCCCUUAAGUACCUCGUCAACUUCUGCAAGGCCUCCAACCUGUCUUCAUCUGUCGUGCUGCACCUCUCCCAGGAAGUGCCUCUGCUUGUUGAGUACGGUCUGGGCAGUGGUCACCUCCGGUUCUACCUCGCUCCUAAGAUCGGUGAUGAAGAGUAA